CUCAGCUGAGAGCCAGGACCAGGCCUGGGCCACCUCCCUGAGGCAGGAACUUGAGGGAUGGGGGCACCACGCACAAAACAGGGCCUCAAUCGACAGUUCCUGCAGGCAUGAUGGCAUGGCCGUGGCUGUCCUGCUUCCUGUUUCCUGCCCUCAUGGUGACUGUGGCAGCCAAUGUGGCCCCAAACUUCCUGACCAACAUGACGGUAGUGACCCUGCCUGAGGACCUAUCGGUGGGUGCUGUGGCCUUCUGGAUGGUGGCUCAAGACCGAGACAAUGACCCUCUAACCUACGGGAUUAGUGGCUCCAAUUCCUACUUCUUCACCGUCACCCAAGCUACUGGGGAAGUGAAGCUGGCCAGCCCCCUGGACUAUGAGACCCUCUACUCCUUCAGCAUCACCAUCUCUGUGAGCGAUGGCUACAACAACCCAGUGCAGAGGGAAAUGCAGGUGAUAGUGGAGGACAGAAAUGACAACAUGCCCGUCUUCCAGAACACGGGCUUCUCCACCAGCAUCAACGAGACCCUGCCAGUCGGCUCCCUGGUAUUCUCCGUGCUGGCAAACGACAAGGACACGGGGUCUGCGGGUGUGGUGGUGUACUACAUACGGGAGGUCAUCCCUGACACGGAUGACAACCAGCACCUCUUCCUGAUCCUGGCCAACGGCUCCAUCGUGCUCAAUGGCAGCCUCAGCUACAACAACAAAAGUGCCUUCUAUCAGCUGAAGCUGGAGGCCUGUGACUCGGGCGGCAUGUACAGCGGCAAGUUCGUCACCCUGUGCUCCUCCCCUGUUUUUCUGUCCAUCUCGGUCAUCGACCAGCCCGACCUGGACCCCCAGUUUGUCAGGGAGUUUUACUCGGCCUCUGUGGCUGAGGAUGCAUCCAAGGGAGCCUCCGUGCUGAAGGUGGAGGCGGUGGAUGGAGACAAAGGCAUCAAUGACCCCGUGACCUACAGCAUCUCCAACUCCACAAGGUCUGGCUGGUUUGACAUCGGAGCAGAUGGGGUCAUCGAGGUCAGCGGUUCCCUAGACCGUGAGCAGCUCCUGGAGGAGGACGAGGAGGUGCAUUUGCAGGUCACGGCCACCGAGAUACACCCCAACAUCUACGGACAAGAGGCCAAGGUGAGCAUAUGGGUCACGCUGAGAGUGACAGACGUCAACGACCACAAACCUGAGUUUUACAACUGCACCCUCCUGGCCUGCGCCUUCACCCCCCAAGAGGCCCAAGUCAACUUCACUGGCUACGUGGAUGAACACGCUUCCACCCGUAUCCCCAUCGAGGGCCUCAGCCUGGUGGCCUACGACCCAGACAAGGGCAUCAACGGCACCUUCCUGCUGUCCCUGGGAGGCCCUGAUGCCGCGGCCUUCAGCGUCUCCCCUGCACGGGCAGCAGGCUCUGCAGAAGUGCAGGUGCUGGUGAGAUCGUCCGUGCUCGUGGACUACGAGAAGCAGACGGUGAUGCUGGUGGAGGUUGUAGCCACUGACUCAGUCAGCGGGAACUCCUCCAUCGCCACGGUGACCAUCCACAUUAGCGACAUUAACGACCACAGGCCCACGUUCCCACAGAGCUCGUACGUCCUCACCGUGGCAGAGCACAGUGCAGACGGCACCGUGGUCACCGACAGCAUCCAUGCCACCGACCCAGACACGGGUGAAUGGGGCCACAUCACCUACCACCUGCUCCCGGGGAACGGGGCAGACCUCUUUGAGGUGGAUCCACACACAGGGACGGUGAUGGUGAAGAGCGGCGAGCUGCUGGACUGGGAGAAGCAGCCUGUGUACUACCUCACGCUGCAGGCCACAGAUGGCGGCAACCUGUCAGACACCACCGUCCUCCAGAUCGUUCUGCUGGACAUCAAUGACAACCCACCUGUGGUCAGCGGCUUCUACAACAUCUUCAUCCAGGAGGAGGGAGGCAAUGUCUCCAUGACCAUUCAGGCCCACGACAAUGAUGAACCUGGCACCAACAACAGUCACCUGCAGUUCAGCCUCCUGCCUGGGCCCUACAGCCACAACUUCUCAUUGGACCUCAACACAGGCCUCCUCAGAAACCAGGGACCCCUGGACCGAGAGGCCAUUGACCUCGCGCUGGGGGGCCUCAUUGUGCUGACCGUGCGCGUGUCUGACUGUGGCGUGCCUGUCCUCAGCACUGAGGUCAAUGUCACCGUCACCGUGGAGGACAUCAAUGACAACCUGCCCGUGUUCAGCAAGCCCAGCUACCUCUUCCUGGUGCAGGAGAGGGAUGUCGGAGCACGGGUGGGCGCGGUGGAGGCCUGGGAUGCAGACCAGACAGAAAUCAACAACCGCAUCAGCUUCCGGCUUUCGGGGAGCGGCGCCAACAACUUCGUGCUCCAAGGCUCAGUGCUGGGGCCUGGGUGGGCUGAGGGCCACCUCUGGCUGGCCACGGACGUGAGCCUGGACUACGAGACACAGGCCUUCUUCAACCUGACCGUGAGUGCCGAGAACCCAGACCCCCAGGGGGGUGAGACCACAGUGGCAGUCCAGGUGGAGGUGGAAGAUGUGAACGAUGAGCCACCCACCCUCGAGGAGGCUUCACUCCAGAGCGUCCGUGUGGCCGAGAAUGGCUCACAGCAUGGCCUCGUGGCCCUGGUGGUGGCCCGGGACGUGGACACCAAGGCCCAGCUGGAGGUGCAGCUUGUGAACGUCAUCUGCACCAAGGCUGGUAUCCCUGUGGGUGGCCUGUGCCACGGCUGGUUCUCGGUGGCGCCCAACGGCUCCGUGUUCAUCAACCAGAGUGAGGCCAUCGACUACGAGGCCUGUGACCUGGUGACGCUGGUCGUGCAGGCCCACGACCUCACCACAGACCCCCGCUUCCAGGCCUACAGCAACAAUGGAACCCUCCCCAUCACUAUCGAGGAUGUGAAUGACAACGCACCCUAUUUUCUGCCUGAGAAUAAGACUUUUGUGAUCAUCCCAGAACUUGUGCUACCCAACCAGCAGGUGGCUUCUGUCCAGGCAAGAGACGACGACUCAGGGGACAAUGGAGCCAUCCAGUUCUCCAUCCCCCAAGCGAACUUCAUCUCUAAGGACGGAGCCACGAUCCCUUUCCAGGGCUCCUUCCGGGUCUCCACCUCCUCGCAGGCCGACAUAUUCAUCGGCAGCAUUGAGCUGGUGACCAAUCUUGAUGCAACUCUCCAAGGCACCUACCAAGUAACAGUCAAGGCCCAGGACAGAACUUCCGUGGGUACUGCCCUGGAAGCCCAAAUCACCCUGAAUCUCUUCACUGUAGAUCAGAGUUACCGAGUAAGGUUGCAAUUCUCCAUGUACAAGGAAGAGGUGGGCGCCAACCUGGAGGAAAUUAAAGCGGCUCUCACCCAGGCGACCAGGACAACUGUCUACAUUGUGAACAUUCAGAACAUAGACUCCACCAAUCAGGGGACUUCCAGGGCCCGGGGCCGCUCCUACCUCGAUGCCUACUUCGUCUUCCUGAAUGGGUCAGCCCUGACCCUAAACGAGCUGAAUGUGAUAAUCCGGAAGGACCAGGACUCGCUGAUGCAGCUGUUGCAGCUGGGGCUGGUGGUGCUGGGCUCCCAGGAGAGCCAGGAGUCAGAUGAGCCGAAGCUGCUCUUCAGCAUCAUCAUAGGAUUAGGGGUGGCUCUGCUGCUUGUCCUCGCAGUCAUGAUCACAGCUCUCGUCUGUACCCGGAAAAGCUACCAGAGGAAGCUUCGUGCUAUGAAAGCUGCCAAGGAGGCCCAGAGGACAGCGGCGGGGGUGAUGCCCUCAGUCUCUGCCAUUCCUGGGACCAACGUGUACAACGCUGAGCGGGCCAACCCCAUGCUGGGCCUCCCCACCAACAACCUGGACUUCGAGUCCCUCUCCCCCUCCGGCGACUUGGACCAUGUCAGCCUCAACUCCCUGGAUGAGAAUUCUGUGGACCUGGACCAGGACAAACAGGACAUCAAGAAAAAGCCCCUGCGCAGUAAGCUGGAACCGGAUCCAGAGUCCCUGGAUGUGGUGCUGUCGAGAAGGCAGGUGGGCGCAGGGGGACGGAAGAAGGAGUUGUCCUUCACCAAUGCUGCCCUGGACACCAAAGACCCAUGAUGGGGUGGGGAGCUGCCAGAGCCCCACACUGCCCCCAACUCUUUUGGGUCCACCCCCAAGCUGUUCCUUAACCCUCACCAAGUGCAAUAAUAUAUUUUGA